AUUUUUUGUUCAUCUUUCUCUUGUACGAACCUAUGCUACGCUUGUGUUGUAGCAUACUGAAACAAUAUACAUUACAAUAAUAUAGACAGGCAACUCAGGAAAAAAAAAAGAGGACUAAAAUAUGCCCAUUAACAAUAGGAUAGCAACAUGGAUAUUUAUUGUUAUCAUACUCCUUAGUACCAUUACUGUAUUGAUGAGAUACAAAUCGGACAUAACAGAAGGUAAUAACAUUUAUACUAAGGAUUGUCAACAACAAAAUCAUAGCCAAACAGAAAGUGUUUUUCGCAUAAGGACCUCACAUUCGUUCCUUUUUGAAGGCAUUCAAAACCUUGCGCUUUCUAUGAGAGAUAUACCCUACAGUUAUUUAAUUUUACUUUUGGUCAUAAGCGUCUUCUGUGUCCCUCCAUUAGUCGGUGUUGCCUUCCUAACUACCCUUAGUGGGUUUGUAUACGGUUUCCCCUUUGGUGGCAUUCCAGCUACAUUGGGAACAUUUUUUGGUUCUCUUUAUUGCUAUUUCAUAUUCAGUGGUCAUUACGAUCAUUAUUUCUGCCUGUCAUCGUCUUCACCCGGGCGUUUCUUAAAACUAUCAAAACAACAGCAAGAAAAAUGUCAUUUGAUACAAAGAGCAUUUAAAGAAGGGGGUUUUGGUAUGGUCUUAUUGAUUCGACUGUGCCCUUUCCCAGCUCAAUUACAAAAUUUGGUGCUAUCACUAUUAUGUCGAAAACCUGAACAAACCCAACACGAUGAGCAUGUAUCAUCCAUAGGGAAUGGUGAUAAUGAUGAUGACACAGUUUUUGCUGUGAACGGCCAUAGAUUAUAUGAUGACCGAAGUGUCAUGGAUUCAAAGACAUACAUUGUUACAGCGUUUAUAGGCAGUUUUCGGUUUAAUAUUGAAGUAUGGAUUGGUUCUCAAUUGGCUACACUGCUGGAUGAUGAUUUACCACCAGAAGCAAAGCGAGUUUCCUUGCUCGUGACAGCAAUGGGUGUGUGUGGUUUUGUAGCAGUAGCAGUAUGGUUGUACCGCCUCAUGAUAAGACUGGUAAAAGAAAAGGAGGAAAUUGCCGUAAGACAUGAUUUGGAGCGACAGGAAGCAGAGAUCGGGUUAUUGGAAUAGCGCGAAUAAAAUAAACUCAUUUAUUGAUCCCAUUACAAUUGUAUCCUUCAUGGUACAAGAAAAUAUCGCAUGAAUUCUGUUUAUCGUAGC